UCGCCUCGCGUGAGUCGAGUCCACCUCCGUCGCCUUCCUCAUUUCUCCCCAGAUCUGCUCCACCUCCACCGACACCCCACUCCGGCGAGCCCUCCUCGCCGGAGCCCCGCCGCCACAUCCCCUCCCGCCACAUUCCCCGGCCCAGAUCCGCCUCCGCCCGAUCCAGAUCCAGCCACCAUGGCCCGCCUCCGCGCCCUCCUCCUCGCGCUCGCCGCCACGGCCGCCCUCCUCCUCCCCUCCGCCGACGCCUUCUACCUCCCGGGGAGCUACCCGCACAAGUACAGCCCGGGGGAGUUCCUCAACGUCAAGGUGAACUCGCUCACCUCCAUCGACACCGAGAUCCCCUUCAGCUACUACAGCCUGCCCUUCUGCACGCCGCCCGACGGCGUCAAGGACAGCGCCGAGAACCUCGGCGAGCUGCUCAUGGGCGACCGCAUCGAGACCUCGCCCUACCGCUUCCGGAUGCACGCCAACGACUCCGACGUGCUGCUCUGCCGCUCCGACCCGCUCUCGCCCGGCGCAUUCACCCUCAUGAAGAAGCGCAUCGACGAGAUGUACCAGGUCAACCUCAUCCUCGACAACCUCCCCGCCAUCCGCUACACCCGCAAGGACGACUACUUCCUCCGCUGGACCGGCUACCCCGUCGGCAUCCGCGUCGGCGGCGACUACUACGUCUUCAACCACCUCCAGUUCACCGUCCUCGUCCACAAGUACGAGGACCCCAACGUCGCGCGCGUCAUGGGCACCGCCGACGCCACCGACGCCAUCCCCGCCUCCUCCAAGGACACCUCCUCCUCCAAGGACACCUCCUCCGGCUGGAUGGUCGUCGGCUUCGAGGUCGUGCCCUGCAGCAUCAAGCACAACCCGGACGACGCCAAGGCCCUCAAGAUGUACGCCAAGUACCCCACCAAAAUCGCCUGCGACCCCACCACCGUCUCCAUGAGCAUCAAGGAGGGCGAGCCCAUCGUCUACACCUACGAGGUCGCCUUCGUCGAGAGCGACAUCAAGUGGCCCUCGCGCUGGGACGCAUACCUCAAGAUGGAGGGCGCCAAGGUGCACUGGUUCUCCAUCCUCAACUCGCUCAUGGUCAUCGCCUUCCUCGCCGGCAUCGUCUUCGUCAUCCUGCUCCGGACCGUCAGGCGCGACCUCACCCGGUACGAGGAGCUCGACAGCGAGGCGCAGGCGCAGAUGAACGAGGAGCUCUCCGGCUGGAAGCUCGUCGUCAGCGACGUCUUCCGCGCGCCCACCAACCCCAUGCUGCUCUGCAUGAUGGUCGGGGACGGCGUGCAGAUCCUCGGAAUGGCCGUGGUCACCAUCCUCUUUGCGGCGCUUGGGUUCAUGUCGCCGGCCUCCCGCGGCACCCUCAUCACCGGCAUGCUCUUCUUCUACCUGGUCCUCGGGAUCCUGGCAGGGUACGCCAGUGUCCGCGUGUGGAAGACCAUCAAGUGCGGGGAUCACUCGGGAUGGGUCGGUGUUUCCUGGAGGACAGCCUGCUUCUUCCCCGGCAUCGCCUUCCUGAUCCUCACCACGCUCAACUUCCUGCUGUGGGGAAGCCAGAGCACGGGCGCCAUCCCCUUCUCGCUGUUCGUCGUGCUGAUUCUCCUCUGGUUCUGCAUCUCGGUGCCGCUUACGCUCGUCGGUGGAUUCCUUGGGGCCAAGGCGCCGCACAUCGAGUACCCUGUCCGCACAAACCAGAUCCCCCGCGAGAUCCCCGCUCAGAAGUACCCGUCCUGGCUGCUGGUUCUCGGUGCCGGCACGCUGCCCUUCGGCACCCUCUUCAUCGAGCUCUUCUUCAUCAUGUCAAGCAUAUGGAUGGGCCGUGUCUACUACGUCUUUGGGUUCCUCUUCAUCGUCAUGCUGCUCCUGGUUAUCGUCUGCGCCGAGGUUUCCCUGGUUCUGACCUACAUGCACCUCUGCGUCGAGGACUGGAAGUGGUGGUGGAAGUCCUUCUUCUCAUCUGGGUCCGUGGCCAUCUACAUCUUCCUCUACUCGAUCAACUACCUCGUCUUCGACCUCAAGAGCCUCAGCGGACCAGUGUCGGCGACCCUCUACCUCGGCUACUCGCUCUUCAUGGUUAUCGCUAUUAUGCUCGCCACCGGCACGGUUGGGUUCAUUUCCUCAUUCUGCUUCAUCCACUAUCUCUUUUCAUCUGUGAAGGCUGAUUGAGUUUCUCCCUGGGAGGAGUAUUAUCAUUCAAUUGAGAGGUGAGCAUAGUGGAGGGGACAUUGGAAAGUUUGUAGUCACUAUAAGUUCUAGUUCAUCCCAACUUUUGGUAUACAUGCCCUCAAUAACUAUUGUAUGGUCUAGUAGGAUUCGCCAAUGGGCUUUAUGGAGAGGUGCUGGCAGCUUGCAAGAUGUAAUAGAAUGAAUUGGUUUAUUCA